UCUUCUCGAUAUAGUUUUUAAAUUAUUUGGUUAUUUCAUCAUUACGAUUCUCUUUAUACCGUUGAAAUUGGAGAUCCAGUUUAGGAUGAAAAUUGUAUUCAUUAUUUCUUUGAACGAAAUUAGUCUAAAUGAAACUAAAUGGUUAUUGAGGAUUCAUAUGGUGGAUCUCAACUAGUUUGGGAUUGCAGGAAGUUGUUGUUGUAGUUUCUUUUCAGGAGCUGAGUUGUAGUCUAGAUUAAAUUAUGCUUUUACAGGAGUUGUUUAGCCUUUCCAAGAUUUACAUGUAACUAGAAAAUAUAAAGAACUGGACUCAUUAUUUUUUUGAACGAGAUUAGUCUAAAUUAUGCACUUACUGGAGUUAUUUUGUAUAUUAUUGGCCUGAAAUGAUGAAGUAAUAUGUUCAGUGAGCAUUCACAUAGCCGACCCCAACUUGUUUGGGGCUGAGGCUUACUUGUUAUUGUUGUUGACUCUUGAGUGCAAAAAAUGCUUGAGCCGCCAAGUGCAGGAGUUAACUGCUUUUAAUUUCUUACAGCUAUUUCACGAUGCGAUCAAUGCAUAGAUAGCUGAAAAUUCGAAGUGCCCGGAAGAAAUGGAGAAGGAGUCACAUGGAUUAAUUAUAGGCAUCUCAAUUGGAGUUGUGAUAGGAGUGCUUUUAGCUAUACUUGCAUUUUUCUGCUUUAGGUACCAUAGGAAACGUCCUCAGAUAGGGAAUAGCAGUUCUAGGAGGGCUGCCACUAUUCCUAUUCGUGCAAAUGGUGCUGAUACUUGUACAGUAUUAUCAGACUCUUCCAUUGGUACAGAGUCACCAAAAUCGACUAUCCAGAAUGGCAUGUCAGUGUGGCUUGGCGGCCUUAGGAAGGCAAAUGUUGUUUCUGCUUCCGGUAUACUCGAGUACUCCUACAAGGAUUUGCAGAGAGCAACCUACAACUUCACCACAUUGAUUGGUCAAGGGGCCUAUGGUCCUGUUUAUAAGGCUCAGAUGUCUACUGGUGAGACAGUUGCUGUCAAAGUGCUCGCAACUGAUUCUAAACAAGGAGAGAAAGAAUUCCAAACAGAGGUCAUGUUACUGGGAAGGCUACAUCAUAGAAACCUGGUGAAUUUGGUUGGAUAUUGUGCAGAGAAGGGUCAGCAUAUGCUUAUCUACGUUUACAUGAGCAGAGGCAGUUUGGCUUCUCACUUGUACGAUGAAAAGCUUGAACCCUUGCACUGGGAUUUGAGAGUUCAAAUUGCUCUUGAUGUGGCUAGGGGCUUAGAGUAUCUUCAUGACGGGGCAGUUCCUCCAGUUGUACACCGGGAUAUUAAAUCAUCCAAUAUUUUGUUGGAUCAGUCAAUGAGAGCUAGGGUUGCUGAUUUUGGGCUUUCAAGGGAAGAAAUGAUCAGUAAACAUGUAUCCAACAUCCGUGGAACAUUCGGAUAUCUUGAUCCUGAAUAUAUAUCAACUAGGUCAUUCACUAAGAAAAGCGAUGUUUACAGCUUUGGGGUCUUACUGUUUGAACUUAUUGCUGGUAGAAAUCCUCUUCAGGGGCUCAUCGAGUAUGUUGAACUACACCUACUGUCGAGCAACUUCAACCCCCCCCAACGCACACAAGCACAAAAAAAAAAAAAAAAAAAACCCCGUCUUGAUGGGAAGUAUGAUUUGCAAGAGCUUAAUGAUGUAGCUGCACUUGCAUACAAAUGUGUGAAUCGUGCCCCCAAGAAACGGCCUUCCAUGAGGGACAUUGUGCAGGUUCUGUCAAGGAUACUUAAAUCUAGACACGACAGAAAGCGUCACAAGCGUUCUUCAUCUGCAACAGCAGAGGAGGUUACCAUCAAUGCUGAACAACCAGAUUAUCGGAGUCCAAACUCUGGACACCGACGAGGGGAAUCUAUGGACAGCACAGCUGACUCAUGUGAAGUUUAACUCAGUUCUUCCAUUUGUUUAUUUUUUUUUUUAAUUUCUUCCUCUUCUUUUCUUCUUGUAAAAUUGGUCAGGUUGUUAGGUUCUCCAUUCAUAACACACUUCUGUCUUGGUGCGUUCGAUUGGGGUACUUAGGAUCUGUUAUAGUCUGCGUGUAAGAUAGCCUUUCUUUCUUUCCAAUUUUGUUAAAUUUUUGUAAAUUUGCGUGGAAGGUAAACGAAUGGCAGAAGGAAAGGGUGAAAAGCCCAGAUCAGCCUUUUGUCAAUUCUAUGAAAGUUCAUAUAAUCUUUAACAGCCAAAAGUACCUUUUUUGUUUUUGUUUUUGUG